AUGGAUCUACCGCAUAACCGAACGCCCCGGCGAUCACGUCGACCACUUAGCGACGUCAUGAUCUCUCGUCAUAUCAAAGUCAGGCGACAUGAAACGCCUCUUAUCAGAAAGAUCGCAAUUAAACAUAUCACCAAAGCGCAAGAAGCAUUCCCAGUUAGACCCCGAAUUCAACAUCAUCGCCAUCACCAUCAUCGACAUCAUCGGGAUAAACAACUUAAUACAACUAUUAAUAUAACUACACGCCGGUUCGACAAUCAGUUACAAUUCGAUCGUGCAGUCCAUAUUUACACUCAGCUUCGGGCCAUCCCUGACCUAACCAGCCUGGUGCCCCGUCUACACGGCCAAGACCGUAACCGGCUCGAGAUUGAGCUACAAUAUCCUACUUACGGCCUGGUGAGCAUUUAUGAUAGAGCGCGCGGAUAUGGUGACCGAACGGCGCCGUUGUUACGUAUGCGACAUGUCUGUCGUUUCAAAGACGCUCUUCUGAACGAUAUUGCUAUUCUCGGGGAUUCGAAAAUUGCGUGCGAUGUUGAUCUGUCAAGCUUGCACGUCGUAUAUCAAGGACACCGUUUUCUUCCAUUUCUCGACAAUUUCAGUCUAGAAAUAGUGGCAGAGGAUGAGAAUCACACCCAAUGGACUGAUCUUAAGGUUUCUAUGGUCCAAAAUAUCAAGGCACAGCUUGACGUACUUGAACGCUUAGCUCAACUUACCGCAUCAUCCCGGCGUCAGCUUCAAGUCUUUGAAACAGACCUUGAUCCCGAAUUGGUUAUUAAGAUGCUCCAACUAUUUGAGCCACCAUCCUACCAGCAAAACCAUAUCAUUUGUCAUGUCAACAGGUAUAUUCCAGAUCUAGGCCAGUAUGUUGCCGACCAUGUCAUGAGAUACCUCUACAGCCUGGAACCCCGAGAUCAUUUGCCCGAAGAGUCGCAACAGGAAGAGACAAACAGCUAUUUGGAGGCAGUUCGGCAUGUGCUUCAACUUAGCCGUGGGAAUUGUCACCAAGAAGCAAGUCUACUCUUUGUCCAGGUCUCCUUACUGAUUAUUCAUGCCGUAUUACUGAAUCAGCUACACGCCAAAGUCAUUAAAGAUUCCGGCUCGAAAAAUAUUCUCCAGUGGGAUGGUCCGGGUGUGGCAGAGGCCUACAUGAGCGAUGAAAACUUCCACAAGGUUUCGGAGGCACACAACGAAGUAGUAGAGGCCGUCAAGAGCCUUGAAGAUACCGGAAGGAUGCCAAAUACGAACGUGCACUGGUUUUUCGGCAACUCACGUUUCUCGCGUCGAGUGUUGUAG